CAAACAUUGCAAGAAAACUUGUAAUAAGACUUACAAGUAUUUGUAAUAAAAAGCAUUGUUUGUUCUUUGUGCAAUUUUCUUGUGAGGAUGAUGAGAGGAGUAUUUUUAGGGUUUAUUCUCAUUUUUGCGUCGGUCGCAGCAGUGGUCGGUCGUAAUCAUGGUCUAAAACAAAAACAUAAUUCGAUCCCGUCUGAAAAUAAUCGUGGUAAAGAACGCGGAGGUUUGAGGCCGAAUUAUUACGCCGCGAAUGGUUGUCCACAAGCCGAGCGGCUUGUUCGACAAGUCACUUGGGAGAAAGUUCGAAACGACGCGACUUUGGGAGCUAAGUUGCUUCGCUUGCAUUAUCACGAUUGCUUCGUUACAGGAUGCGACGGAUCGAUACUUUUGGACACCGUCGUCGGGAAAAACCAAUCGGAGAAGGAUGCGGGUCCGAAUCUAUCACUCGGUGGUUUUGAUGUCAUCGAUGCAAUCAAGGAUCGGGUCGAGGAAGAAUGCCCGGGAAUCGUCUCGUGUGCUGAUAUACUUGCCUUGGCUGCUCGGGAUGCCAUUCUUUUUUCGGUGCGGAGGCCGCUGUGGAAUGUGUUGACGGGGAGAAAGGAUAGUAAGAUUUCUCUCUUAUCAAAUGUAGCCGGGAAUCUCCCAUCGCCAUUUUCGAAUUUCUCCACACUCCUCAAUAUCUUCUCCAACAACGGUUUAGAUUUCACGGAUCUUGUUGCAUUAUCGGGGGCACACACCAUCGGAGUAGCUCACUGCGGCGCCAUUUCGCGGCGGCUCUUCAACUUCACCGGCAGAGGCGACGCCGAUCCGUCGCUAGAUCCGUCGUACGCUGCCGAGCUGCGGCGGCAGUGCCCGAAUCCGGCGGACCGGGCCACCACCGUGGAUAUGGAUCCCGACACCCCAUCGGAGUUCGACCCCAAUUACUUCGCCGCCGUCGCUCAGAACAAGGGACUCUUCCAGUCCGACGCCGCCCUUCUCACCAACCAGGCGUCCGCCGCCCUCGUGCGGCGGCUGCAGUCGCCGGCGGCGUUUUUCAGUCAGUUUUCGGACUCGAUGGAGAAGAUGGGAAGGAUUGCCGGCGACGCCAAUGUCGCCGGAGAAGUUAGGCAGAACUGUCGCCGGGUUAAUUAAUUAAUUAAUUAAUUAAUGCGGAUGAUAUAUAUAUAUAUAUAUAUUGUUACGAAAUUAUUUACAUAUUUAUAUAAAUGUGUGAUGGUGUUUUUCUAAGUGUUUUAUUACUAUUGUAUUGCUAAUUCAAUUAAUGAAAAUUAGUGUUUUGUUUGAA